GUUCUUUGUGGACUACAAGAAUUCAUUUAUGAUGCGCUUUAACAGCCGUUGGUAAUGUGGUAAUUACACACGUUUUGGCAGACGAUUGCCACCGCGGUUGUAUAAAGCCAGGAAAGUUGUGGUAGCGUCGGUUCAAUAAUAUGGAUUCUUCUGAAAGCACUCAUUCCGGUGCUGAUACGCGCAAAAUAUUGAAGGGAACCAUGAUUGGAGGAGUUAUGGUUUCAUCGAUUUGUGUCCCUACUGAUGUCAUCCGCAACUAUUGGUAUUUUAACCCUGCCUUAAAAGGCAGGCGUGGCAACGUUUCUACAUUAGGUGUUGCUCGUCAAAUUUAUGCUAGACACGGCUUCCGUUCAUUUUUUACUGGAUUUAAUAUUACAUUAUUUAACGUUAUAGGUGGUCAGACCAUAUUCUUUUUGGUGUAUGACAAUUUGAAGGUACAAACCAGUUCUCCUGUUGCUAGCGUUUUAGGUCGAAUGGCUACGUUAUUUGUGAUGCAACCCUUUGAGUGCCUCAGGACGUAUAAACAGGCUAAUUUGACAGAAACCACAUCAAGUUAUAUCAGUGGCACUCGAGGAGUACAGAAAUAUCUUUCUCUUUAUAGAGGGCUUACAACAACCAUUAUUCGGGACGUCCCAUUUUCUGCUAUUCAUUGGCCUGUGAACGACUGGUUAUAUCGUCAAUUCAUCACAAUGAGGGGUAUAUCGGUUAGUGACCUCUCAAAGCGAGAACGACUUUGGAUAUCGUUGGUUACUGGGUCAAUGUCUUCCGUACUUGCUUGUACUAUAUCGCAGCCUUUUGACAUUGUGAAGACGAAGAUACAGGCCACAACCGAUAGAAGUUGCAAGAGAACGACUAGUAGUGAACUUCGUCGGUUUUUCGGUCAAUAUGGUUUCAGAGGCUUUUUCAUAGGAUUGACUCCGAGGUUGCUGAAGGUAGUUCCUGGUUGUGCUAUCAUUUCAGGUUGUCAUCGCUAUUUCAAUUAAGACAGCGGUAUAUAUAGAGCCUCAUUUUGAUAUCGCAUUUCUUUUUAACACCAAAUGUCCAUCGACACCAUACAGUGUCACUUUAUUUUUCAGAGCUAAAAACACACACAUGUGAAUUUUCGACCAUCAUUUUGUACUUUUAAAUAUCUUGUGUGU